GCCAUCAGAGAUCUCACACUGGGGAGAAGCCAUAUUCCUGUACUGAGUGCGGGAAAUGUUUUUCAGGGAAAUCCAGCCUUUACAGGCAUCAGAGAUCUCACAGGGGGGAGAAACCAUAUACAUGUUCUGAGUGUGGGAAAUGUUUUUCAAACAAGUCCAGACUCUGUACACACAUCAAGAUCUCACUUGGGUGAGAGCCGUAUUCCUGUACUGAGUGUGGGAAAUGUUUUUAGAGAAAGUCCAAUCUUGACACACAUCAGAGAUCUCACACAGGGGAGAAGCCGAUAUUCCUCUGGUCCCGAGUGUGGGAAAUGUUUUUCAGUCUUGUCUUUACUCACACAGAUCCAGAGAUCUCACACAGGGGCGAAGCCGUAUUCUUGUCCAAAGUACAGGAAAUGUUUUUCACAGACAUCCCAUGUUGACACAACAUCAGAGAUCUCUCACACAGGGGGUGGGAAGACACUUUCCUGUCCUGAGUGA